CCAAAGAAGAAAAUACAAUCAAAUUCAUCCUUUAAGAAUUGGCUAAUUAAAAUAAUUAUUCAUCUUUUUCAUUCUAUAAAUUUCUGUUUAAAGUACUUACUGUUCGCUAUUGGUUUGUUGACCACCACGGGCAGCCAGCUGCACCAUCCACUUAACGCCGGCGGCGCGCAACGUCGCGUCUCCCCUCCCCAGCUCCAGUGACCAACUUACACUCUCUGCAGCAGCUAUCGUCGCCCACAAUUCACCAUGUCAGCAGAGGACGCAUCGCCAGGCAAUUUGGCCAAUCGGCUUGCCUCUGUUCUUCCCAAAGACAAAACUUUCCACAUUUAUCACGUAUCGACGCCGCCGUUAAAGACGGACGCCUUAUGCUCCGCACCACCCAACGAACGCCCGGAUCGAACAUUCUGCGAAAAGCACUUCUUGGCGAUUUCAAUCGAUGCGCCCGAGUCGGCUAAAAGCUCUUCUGGUGCCUCAGAUGCGUCAAAUCAGCGAGAGGUUAUGGUUUUGGGCCUGGAGAUCUACAUCUUCACAACGGCGCAUCUGACCAUCUUGUUCGUAUCCAAGGCCGACUCGACCGGCUACCUCAGCCUUCUCAACCUCCCCAAAGGCGCUUCAAGUCCUAUCCGGGAAAUCAGUGCUGCUUUCAUGUCUUAUCUCGUUGAAAACAGAGUCAGACCAAAUAUUCAAUUCGUCAUUAGUCUCUUCGCUCGCGCCCAGUCUCAGUAUCUCUUCCCUGGCAGCGUGGACAACAAAACGAAACAUGUACUCGAUGAUCGGGGCCUAAUUAAGUGGUGGUGCCGAGUCCUGAAUCCUCUCGUCGAAGCACCACCUUCCAUUGCCUCCAAAUCAGGCAAAGCACACGGCUAUCUUGUUGUUCCUGGACUCGACGCCUACGAGACAAAGGCCUUCCUUCCCCGCUCCUCGCUCUCUUCAUGGUCAUCAACACAUCCUCUCGAGAAAAUAUCACACUAUACACGCGAAUUCGAUUGGGUUCCUCCAAGAUGCCUUAUCCCUCGCUACCCCGACGAUCCCAAAUCCCGAUUCCGCGACGAGCUCGACGAAGAAGCGCACAAGUCGGGUGCUAUGCGCACCACCGGCAGCUGGCAGAGCGUCAAGAGCCUCGAGAUGUUUUGGGAAAUGAUGGCAUUCAGACAAGAAUGCUCUAGUGGCCGAAUGACGGGCUUUGCUUGGGUUGUUUUUAACGACCGCCCCAUCGACACCGAUCCUACUGUUGCACCAGAAACGCCUAAGAAGCAAACAGCGACGAUCAACAUUACCACUCCUGGAACGACACCCCGGAAGUUAUUCACGUCAACUGGUAAAGCUGUAGACCAGACAAAACAAAAGCCAGAACCAAAGAAGAAGGGCCGCAAGAGCAAGGAGAAGAAAAAGAUCAACCUCAAGGGUCUCAUCAAGACAAGACCACCUCGCAGCAAGAUUGAGCAGCGCAACUAUCUCUUGGAUAAGCCGCAGUCAACAGCCUACUACUACUGGCCAGAAGCUGGUAGAGGCGAGAAGAUUGUGUCAGAAGAUGGCUACAAACGAAGCAUGGAUUUGAUGCUGCACCUUGACUUUGCUACGCUGGAUAAGGGAUGCGGCAGCACAAAACGAUGGAUCGGCGAGGUUGGCCAAAGAAGUCCUUGGGGAUUUGAUGUGACUGGUACGGUGGAAACGCCUACUCUCGAUGUUGCUGAGGACAAAUCAGCCGCCGUUAACAACUUGUCAGGGCUUGUUAAGCGCAAGAGAGCAGACACGGCGACUGCGCCAGCUGAGCCAGUGAUGCUCAAUGUCGGGCUUAUUCGCAAGAAGCCCAAGGCAUAAAUUAGCAUUUUCUAUUUACAACUUUUAUGAAAUAUAUGACAUGUAUAUUUACACC